UUUACAUUUUCGGCACGCAUGAGGUCACGUAUUUAAAGGUUUGUGGGAGUGUUUUUCGGAUAAAGUGUAAAAUAUGGAAGAAAUAUUAAUUGAAACAGUGAAACAACAUGAUUGUUUAUAUAAUCACUCAUCGCGCGAAUAUAGGGAUCAGCGAGUACGACAGGAAUCCUGGGAAGAAAUAGGCAGACAAUUAAAAAUAACACCGGAUAAAGCCAAACAAAUGUGGGACAAACUUAGAAGAUGCUUUAACAAUGCCAGGAAUCGGCGACUUGCAACCAAAAGUGGUCAGGCUACUAAGAAUAUUACCCCCUGGAAGUUUGAACAACAAAUGGCAUUUCUUUUGCCUUACCUUGAAGGUCGAAGGAUGUGCGGCAAUCUGGAGAACGAUGUUAAUGAUGCGGAUAAUAUCCUGGCGCAAAAUGAUCCCACAAUUGACAACGAUAAUGGAGAAUCAGAUGUCGAACAAUAUCAAGAACAAGUCUCGGAACAAAUACAUAUGAAUGAAAAUACGGACGCGUUACAAAAACUUAAACAAAAAAGACAACAACAUAAACAGGUUAGCAAAAAAAAUACUGCGGCAGAAGUAGUUCAAAUUAUGCAGGAGAAUAGCAAUCUUAGAAAAAGAAAAUACGAAGAUAGAGAAAAAAGGCGAAUAGACCCUGGUCAUAUACGGGUUCCAGAAGACCUCAGAAGCCCUAACUCUGUCGUUAAUUUUGGAGACGUCUGUGUUCCAGAUGGCUCCCUGUCUCUGAACACAGGUCUAUUAGAGAUCUUCCACUCCUCUCUUACUGCUAUAUGGGUCGUGAAGCCCUUGAUUGUUGCAGGUGCCAUUUAG